AUGGGUACAACCCCCUUGAACGUGACCCUGACGGUGGACCUGACGCCUCACACCGUAGACUGGCUCACCAUCCACCGCCGGACAUACAACGGGGAGAUCCCGGGCCCAACCCUACGUGUGCGGCCGGGCGACAAGCUGUAUAUCAAGCUGGUGAAUAACCUGAGGCCUGACAACUUGGUUCGGGAGAGAGGCCAUGGUCCGAUCAGUCCCAACAUCACCAAUCUGCACCUGCACGGGAUGCACGUGUCCCCUAAAGAGCCUCACGACAACGUCUUCAUAGAGAUUGGUCCAGGUAGUUCCUACCAGUACGAGUUUCACAUACCCGAUGAUCACCCUGCCGGAACGUUCUACUACCACCAUCAUAUCCACGGCAACAGCCACUUCUGUGUUGGAGGAGGUCUAGUGGGAUUUAUCAUAGUUGAAGAUGACGUCACCACCAUGCCUCCCGAGCUGUCCGCCAUUUCCUGUCCUCUCAACUGUCACAAGGAGGUUCAGCUGGCGGUCGGUACCAACUUCCGCUACAGAUUUCUCCCGACAGACCCCAUUCUCAGCUACUCCAACUUACAGAAGGAUUUGGGGGAUCCUUCAAGGAAUCUGGAUCAACUUGCCAGUGGUACCGGCACCAUGGAGGAUUGGCUGAUGGACCCUGCUAACAACGUGGACUACAUCCUCACUAACGGACAAAUGUGGCCGACCGUGACCUUAACCGUUGGUGAGGUCAAACGGUUCCGAAUUUUGAAUGCUGCAACGAUAGAGGUACUAGAGAUCACUAUUAAAGAACUGGGUUGUCAAAUGAUGGUCCUGGCUUGGGAUGGCAUAUACGUGGACGCCCCCUAUCGAACCCGUAUGGUGGUGCUGUCUGGCGGAGCAAGAGUAGACGUCGCAGUGAGGUGCUGGUUUUCUGGGGACUUCACGAUGACGACGGUUAUGGCAGAGGAGAAUGAUCCUAUUCUAUCAUCCGAGUAUUGGCAGAUGAGAUUCGACCAGGAUCUGCUUACACUUCACGUAGAAGAAAAAGCUGCUGUGUUCGAUUUGGAGCCCUUUCCUACGUCACUUCCGGCGCAUCCCAGUUACUACCGUGACCUGCGCAGAAUAGACGACAGUGAGAUAGACGGGAGGUUCGUGAUCGAGUUCGGGCCCGAACAUGAGGUCAACAGGGAACAUUUCAAAGACGCCAUGUACCCUCGGUACAAGUACGAGGUUGGGACUAUUCAGGAGUGGUACGUCAUCAAUACGGAACAACUCAAACCGCACCCUCUCCACAUACACGUCAAUCACUUCCAGAUUAUUUCCUACAACGAGUACACCCAUCCCUGGGGCGCAUUACACCCUGUGAACAAGACUAAAUCCGCCUAUUACGACUUGCAAGGAAAUUUGUGCGAUCAGCAGUUCCUCCACUUCGCCCAUAACUUGGACUGGCCCACCUCAAACCCACCAAACUUCAAGUAUCAUGGCCACCAUAACAGGUCACGUGACAGUAUCCCAGGAUACAUCCCGCUCGGGGAAUGGCGGGAUACCAUCAACGUCCCUCCCCUGGGGAGCAUGACCAUUCGCUUUGUAGCAGAUAGAUUCACGGGAACACAGAUGAUCCACUGUCACAACCUGAACCAUGUAGAUAGAGGGAUGGGCCUGGUGGUGGAGGUGGUGGAGCAGGGGGAGUCGACCCACGGGGCCCACACGGCGUCCGGCGGGGCCUACCCCGGGACGUGCCGGCGGACUGACCCGUAUCCUGACGUGGUCACCGGCGUUAGUACUACGAACGUUAACGUGGGAAGCCACGAGCAUGGUCACUAAGUGAAACUACGCAUAGCCACUUGGUGUUAAGGUACGAAGGCAGGAGAUGAUAUCAUAUUAUAUGAUAUGAUAUGAUGCAUGAUAUUACAUGAUAUGAUAUAAGAGUAACAAUACUAGUGCUGUUAGGGUCACAUCCCAAACGGGGCCCGGUCGGGCUGUUUGCGUGAACGAAAGAUAAAAGUGUUAAAGAAGAAAUAUCCACAUACCACGUACACAACAAACAUUUCAUUUUAUUUAAUUCAAUUCUACUCUGGAUAAUUGACAUGUCAUUUGUGUCAUUCCUGAUGUAAGAUAGACGCCUAUGAUACAGAUAAAGCAUGUAUAAUUCCAUUAUCUUAGACCUUUCUUAGUUUUUCUCUUUUAGGUUGCCGACGAUGGCCACCGUCAGCUUUAUUAUGUAGUACAACGUCAUGUGAAAGAUUUGACUCAGUGCAAGCGGACUCAUAUAGGCUCUAGCUAGCCUCACAUGCUCACAGCUUACUUUGUGUUGUUUCUUUGCAACUGAACGGCCUUUAUUUUUUUUACAAUGAUGAGGUUUUGCUAGCCCUUUUUAGCUAUCAAUGUUGUGAAUUUGCAAAUUGAUACAGACAAAAAGACAUCUAAAAAGAAGCGUUAACAAUAUACAAAAUCAUGUGACAUCAUGUUUACAUUCAUACCCAGUAUCUGGGGGGAGU